CUAGCGUCCCAGCAGGAGGAAGAAGAAGAAGACCAGAACUGCGAGCUCAACCAAAUCAAUGGCGUUCGGCGGCGGGUCCGGUGGUGGCGGCGAGGGCCUGGCGGCGACGAUGCGGUUCGGCGCGCACGUGGUGCGGGGGCGGUGGUUCAUGUUCUUCGCGUCGAUCCUGAUCAUGGCGGCGGCCGGCGGCACGUACAUCUUCGGCAUCUACUCGAAGGCGAUCAAGACGUCGCUGGGGUACGACCAGCAGACGCUCAACACGCUCAGCUUCUUCAAGGACGUCGGCGCCAACGUCGGCAUCCUGCCGGGCCUCAUCAACGAGGUCACGCCGCCAUGGGUGGUGCUCGCCUGCGGCGCCGGCAUGAACCUCGCCGGCUACCUCAUGAUCUACCUCGCCGUGUCCGGCCACACCGCCAGGCCGCCCGUGUGGCUCAUGUGCGUCUACAUCGCCGUCGGCGCCAACUCCCAGUCGUUCGCCAACACCGGCGCGCUCGUCACCGCCGUCAAGAACUUCCCAGAGGACCGCGGCGUCGUGCUGGGACUGCUCAAGGGGUUCGUCGGACUCAGCGGCGCCAUCUUCACGCAGCUCUACCGCGCCAUCUACGGCGUCGAGGACGACGGCGCGUCGCUGGUGCUGCUCAUGGCGUGGCUCCCCGCCGCCAUCUCUCUGCUCUUCAUCCCCACCAUCCGCAUCAUGCCGAGGAGCCCCGCCGCCGCCGGGGCGGGCCCGGCCGCGAGGAGGCGCGAGCGCAAGGCCUUCUUCUACUUCCUCUACGCCUCCAUCGUCCUCGCCGUCUACCUCCUCGUCAUGAACGUCGUCGAGCUGGAGGUGCUCGGCUUCCCCAAGCCCGCCUACUACGUCACCGCCACCGUGCUCCUCCUCCUCAUCUUCUUCCCGCUCGUGAUCGUCGUCAAGCAAGAACUCAGCACUUACCUGAAUCCGUCUCCAGCGACGACGCCGGCGACGAGGUCCGCCGUGACAGUCAUCACAGUCGACGAGAAGAAGGAGAAGCCACAGGCUGCAGAGGACGACGGCGACGACAAGGCGGCGCCGUCGCCGACGUGCCUGCAGGACGUGUUCAGGCCGCCGGCGCGGGGGGAGGACUACACGAUCCUGCAAGCUCUGUUCAGCGUGGACAUGCUGGUGCUGUUCGUCGCCACCAUCUGCGGCGUCGGCGGCACGCUGACGGCGAUCGACAACAUGGGGCAGAUCGGGCAGUCGCUGGGCUACCCGCAGCGGAGCAUCUCCACGUUCGUCUCCCUCGUGAGCAUCUGGAACUACGCCGGCCGCGUGGUCGCCGGCUUCGCCUCGGAGUACGUGCUGGCGCGGUACAAGGUGCCCCGGCCGCUGGCGCUGACGGUGGUGCUCGUCCUCGCCUGCGCCGGCCACCUCCUCAUCGCGCUCGGCGUCAGCAACGGCCUGUACGCGGCGUCGGUGAUCCUCGGAUUCUGCUUCGGCGCGCAGUGGCCGCUGCUGUUCGCCAUCAUCUCCGAGGUGUUCGGCCUCAAGUACUACUCCACGCUCUACAACUUCGGCGCGGUGGCGAGCCCCGUCAGCUCCUACAUCCUCAACGUCCGCGUCACCGGCCGCCUCUACGACCGCGAGGCGGAGCGGCAGCUGGCCGCCGGCGCCGUCGCCGUCGCCGGCGCGGCCAGGAAGGGGGGCAGGGACCUGACGUGCGUCGGGGUGGGGUGCUUCAGGGUCUCGUUCCUGAUCAUCGCCGCCGUCACGCUGCUCGGCGCCGCCGUGUCGCUGCUGCUCGCGUGGCGGACGAGGAACUUCUACCGCGGCGACCUCUACGGCAAGUUCAGGGAGGUCGCCGCGGCGACGGGAGAAGGAGCGCAGCAAGCCAAAAAGGUCGACGACGACGAUGCCGCCGGCGAGACCAGCCGCGUGGCCGUGGCCGGCGACACGGAUGGCGGCGCCCGCGGCGUCGACGGCGACAAGGUCUGAUCUAGUGUGGAGUAGUAUAUGUUACGCUGUGUGUGUAUGAGUGGCUGUGUGUGUCGUAGCGUGUUGCGACGCGACGUCGCUCGUAGCGUCAAACGGGGCACGGAUCGUGUACCGUGGUACGUACGCGCGACGCAGUGCACGCUCCAAACUUGCCAGCGUGUGUGUACGUUCGCCACAGCUUGCCCGUUGAUUAACGAUCUGUUUCAUUUCAUGGAUUCGAACUGUCCUGCAACCAACCGA